AUGAGUUUAUUCCGCUUUGUUUUGCGGAGAUGGCAUUCGGGGCAGCAAAGCGGGGUGGCGGGCGCGGGGCGGGCUGGCGUGCAUUCACCUCUGACCCGCGCGGGGCGAGCGGCGCUCAAGGUCGGUGCGCCGCCUGAAGGUCGCUGGUCACGUGACGCGAAGGGUGCCUACCCCCGCCCCUCACUCGUAGCCUCCCCGAUGUUUGGGCAGACUGUCGCGUUCUUAAAUGAAUUU